AUGGGGUGGAGGAGGCAUGAAAAAGAUGAAUGCGAGGGAGAGGAGAUAAAGCACCUAGCUUCAGAGCUUUUCAUGCAGAAGUGUGUGGAAGGCGGGCUCUCGCCACCAAGGAAGUUACUUUUCAGUGACAUUACCUUGAGAAACUUCCUAAACAGUCCAACCGAAAUUAAGAGACUUGAAACAAAAGGACCAGCCCUAAACAAGAAUACGGAGUUUGUCUCUUGUGUUCUCAAAUACGACGGGUGUAAGAACACAUGGGUGCUUCUCUGUGACCCCAUGGCUCAGUCCAUUGAGUGGGUGAAAAAUCUGUUCUUCCAAGAUUGCAUGGAGGUCCAAUACCAUGAGCUCCAGACCCAGCUGGACACUUGUCUGACUGAUGGGCUCCCCCUGCUGCUCACAUACUGUGACCCUAAGGCCCUGGCACUUGAUCAGAGGUUUGCCACUGUUCUACGGUCCAGAAUGCAGUUUGUGAGAUCGGGAACCCCUUUUAAAAUCACGGUUGCAGACCAUGAGGUUGAGUGCCACCCAGGAUUCAGACUGCUGCUCCACACCACCAGCAGACCAGAGGAGGUUCCUGCAGAGAUUGCUGCCUUUUGUACAAUUUUGCACUUCUACCAAGACCGUCAAGGGCUGUCUGAACAGCUGCUGGACAGGUUCGAAUGUUUGGACAACAUGGAGGAUCUUCAAACUGUGGAAGAGAAGAUUGCAGAAACCUUAUCCCAGGAAUCCUCUCUCCUCCACCACCUGGCUCUAAACAGAACGUUGAGUGACCUACACCAGCACUAUGAUGAAGCCUUAGAAAUGAAAUCAAAGCUUGCGUUAUUGGAAAAGACAGCACUCACUGCCAGAGAAGGGUUCAGAGACCUCGCAGACAGAGCUGCACUGAUGUUUGACACUGCCAAUACGAUGAGACAAGUGAACCCUGCCUAUCACAUUAGCUUUAGCCAGCUUCUGGAGGUUUUCGACAGUUCAGCUGUGCACUCAGAAAGAUUUUCAAUCAAGACUCUUGUUGACCGCUUGACAUAUAACAUAUUUUGUUACAUUGGAAGAUACAUGUUGGAAAGAGAUCAGAUGGUGUAUACCCUGCUCUUAGCUUUUGAAAUUGAAAGCUGCCUCGGCCACAUCAGCCCAGGUAUGAUAGAGUUUGUUCUCUCCCCCGACCUCUGUGCCUCUCUGAUGGAAGCCACGAAAGCAAAACCCUCAGAAACAAGGCAGGCUGCCAAGAAUCCUUUCGAGUGGAUGACUGAGGAGCAGUUUAAAAAUGUGCAGAUUCUGGGUACGUAUUAUAGCUGGUUCCAUGAACUGUUUGACCGAAUGUUUAAGGAUGGUAAAGAAAUGACAUGGAAGGCUUUAUGUGAUAGUGACCAGCCAGAGAACCCUGCAAAGGUUAAGGGCCCUGAAGGGUUGAGCAGCCUGACGGCACUGCAGCGCCUUCUGGUCGUCCGAGCAAUCCGCAGUGACAGGCUCAUACAGGCAGCUUCCCUGUUCAUCGGCAGCACUCUUGGGAAGAAAUACAUCACUGAGAUCCCAUCUGAUCUCCAAAGAUGCAUACAGCAGACGACAGCCCAGACCCCAGUGUUACUGCUGUACAGCCGUGAGGCGGAGGAGCCUCGGAGGCUUGUCCUGGAACUGUGCAGCCAAAGGAGCUGUAAAACCGAAGUUGUGUUUGUCAGUGAAGAUAGUGCCAGCGAAGAGAGGAGAAUCAAGGAUGUGAUUGAAAACGGCCAGUCCAAGGGGAGCUGGGUUUUGCUGGAAAAUAUCCAUAAUUCAAUGCACUUGAUGACAUCAAUAGAAAGCAUGAUCCAUCUGAAUAAGAAUCCAAACAAACAGUUCCGCCUCUGGAUUUCUGCUCAGGCCAACACCAGCAUUCCAGUGAGGCUCAUGCAUGUAUCACUGCGAAUUGUGGUGGACACACCAAAGAACAUGAAGGACGCCAUGCUCAGAUGCCUGCAGCAGGUUGGCCCAGACGCACUGCGCAGUUGCAGCCGUGCGGAAUGGCCAGCCCUCAUUCACAACCUGUGUUACCUGCACUGCGCCGUGAGGCUCCGGGCCGCCGCAGGGGGCACCACAGGCUGGAACUUCAGACACGCCAUGAUGUUUGGCAUCCAGGAAUUCAGGGAUGCCUUGCAGGUACUAAGAGAGGAAUUCAGAGAUGGUUCCACCUCUGACGUAGGAGAGGGAAGGAGUGUUUCUUGGACUGGGAUUCGGUAUCUCCUGACAAAUGUUAUUUACGGCAAAAAUAUAACUGAUGACUGUGAUAAAAGAAGCUUGGCAUCAUUGGUUGAUUUGUGGAUCAGUUCAACUGCAACAAAGAAAGACAACGAUAUGACAAAAUUGAAAUACAGGAUCCCAGCUGCCUUCUUCGAUCCCGAUGCCCCGCUGGAGGGCCUGCUGCAGGCCCUGGACUCCGUUCCUCGCCACACACUGGACGUUCCGGAGGGGACCAGCCUGCACUCUGCUCCAGGGCUUCACUUUGGAGACGAGCAGUAUGCUUGCCAUUGGUUGAAAACUCUGUACAAAUCUUUAUCAUUUCACCAUCAGCAGCACUCGUUCGCAGUUCAAAGACAUUGCAGGGACUUCCUAUUGAAAUCGAGGAAAGAAGAGGAAGUGUGGGAGAUUUGUUGUAACAUCCAAGCUAAAAUUCCGAAAGGGUGGAGCAAGGAUUUCAUCAAUGAGAGACUGAAAAAGAUUGGUGGAAAUACGCCCUUCAACUUGUUUUUGAAGAAAGAGCUGAACCACCUAAUGGAACUCCUCUCUGAAGUGAAGAGAAAUUUGCAAGCCAUCAGACAAAGCAUGGAGGGUCCACUCAGGGUGGGGGGCACCCUGUCGGUGACAGAGCUCUCCGUUGCUGCAGACCUUUUCCGCCAGAGGGUCCCGACACACUGGAGCUCCCUGGAGGGCCAAGACACCCCCCCCGAGCACUGGGCAACGGCGACGUGGGUCAGAGACCUCCAGCAACGCGUCCUCCACUUUGAGAAGAUUCUGCAGCUGGGUCAAGAGAAAAUGCCAACAUAUUGGCUGGGGGCAUUUAAGAAUCCAAAGGGGCUGCUGGGAGUGUUCAGACAACAGAGCAUCCAGCAACACGCAGAGCAAACAGGCUUCAUCGAGCCUAUGGAUCUCCACACCGUCAUCACUCAAAGAGACAAAGACCACAUCCGGGAUCCUCCGCAGGAGGGGGUGUUCGUGUAUGGACUCCAUGUGUGGGGCGUGUCCUGGCACAAGACGGAGGCGGAGAUCCUGGAUGCUCCUCCGAAGCACGGCCCCGUGGCGCUGCCGGUCAUUCACCUGCGGUUCCUGCCCAAAUCCGAGAAAGCUGGCCUGGGCGACGCCGCCAGAGCCGCAGACCCCUACCAGUGCCCUGUGUACGGCUCCUCCGCGGGGCCCCGCGGACCCGUCCUGCACCUCCAGGUGUACAAAGAGAACAUCCCCGCGGCGAGGUGGGCUCUUCGGGGAAUGAAGGCUACACUGCAGCCGUUCUGACUCCGCCGUCCAAGACACUGGGCAUUUCAGCUGACCGCCAAAUGAAAGAAGUGUCUCCUUUACCGCGAUCAGUGCACCGUCAAACUAUCUUAUCUCGUAUCGUUGCAGCAUAGCUUGAUAACAGGGUCCGUUAGACUUUGCAGAGGAAGUCAAUUGUCAAUAUACAUCAAUGCUUACAAGCAUCUCAGAGAACAUAACAAAUAAUAGAAAAAUAAAGGAAUCACACCACAGAAAUGGCUUUGUUUAUUUAAAUUGUAUUUGCAGCAAGGAGCUGAAUGCAACAGGAUAAGGAAUCAAAAGUUCUUAAAUAGCCGGUCAAUAAUUCCCCAUCGAUC